UCUUUAGCUGUUGGACAAUGACAGUAUCAGAGCUGACGUAUAAACCAAGCACUCAGCUGAAAGACUGUGGUCAUUUUCCUCUCUGCCACCUGCAACCUAACACCAAACCAAGGGGACACAACCAAGAGAUGCCACCUGUGACUAUGGGCCUCCAAGUUUGAAUGGAAGAUUUAAUUUUUCUCACUUGCUUUGACUCUUAGUGGCCAGGAGGUGUGUCAAAUGUGAGCCAGAACCAGCAAACAACAAACCAAACCAGAGAGACAAGGAACAAGAGCUGAGGAGUCUCACAGAGCUUCCUUCAGCAACAGAAGAAAUGUCUGCCAUUUCUACGAGUCAAGCUAUUAUCUAAAGAAGGGCCAAAGGUCACACAAAUUAACUAAUGCCAGCUUGAACGUUUUGAGGACAUAAUUAUUAAGUAGAGAGCGACUCAUAAGAGCGCUCCUUCACCAAAGAUAAAAGGCUCUAAUUGAGGCGAUCCCGCAACAAAAGAAAUUGCUUCACUCAAACCGGAGAGAGGGUGACAUCAUCAUGGAUAUUUUUGGAGGUGCUCCUCGUGUUUUGGGCUACCCACGCCCUGUGGUGGCACUGUGUGGCACAGAUGUCAUAUUGAGGUGCCAAAUUGAUGGGGACCCUCGUCCUGAUGUGAUCUGGGAGCGUAAAAACAUCCAGAUCUUGUCUGAAGGACACUACAAGCUCACUGAGGAGGGAAAAGCUUACCUGCUGACCAUUACUGGAGUGACCCUGCAGGAUGCUGGCCAGUAUAUUUGCAAGGCCAAAAAUAGCAUAGGUGAAACUUAUGCAGCAGUCUCCCUCAAAGUGGAAGGAGAGGCCCAGCCACAGGGAGGGGGACAAAGGCAAUUAGGGGUCAAUGGUGGGAAGCAACAUGGAGAAUUCGAAGGACACCUGAAUGGCCACUGCACAGUGCAAAAUGGUGAACGCAGGAGAGAAAAUGGAGAGGGGCUGAAUGGAGAGCACAAGUGGAAUGGCAAGUUUAGUGAAAAACAAGAAGAGGUUGAUUUAAUGUCUGAUGAUAAAACACGAUUCCUCAUCAAACCCCUCUCUUUGCGCGUGGAUCGGGGAGAAGAUGCCGCCUUCUCCUGCAAAAUCUGGGGCAAUCCUCUGCCCGAGGUAACAUGGGAGAAAGACGGGAAGAAACUGAACGACAUCUUCGAGAGUACACACUUCAGCGUGAGUAAUCAAGAUGGUGGCUGGUUCCAGCUCAAGAUCUACAGGACACGCAUGCCAGAUAAAGGUGUCUACACCUGCAAGGCCGUCAACUGCCAUGGUGAGGCCUUGGCCGGUGCUGUCCUUCUUGUCGAGCCCAUACCGGAGCGAGAGGAGAGUAAAAUGUCCUCAAAUGGUCUCACAAACAGCCAGUGGUCGCCGAAGCAUAGGGGCGGGAGGCUCAGUUUGUCGAGGGUUACAGAGGAGCUACCUGUCAGCGCUUCUAAAGCCAAGAAGUUCGCAGUGGCAGAAGGAAAACACGCCAAGUUUCGCUGCUUUGUGACAGGGAAGCCAAAGCCAGAGAUCAUUUGGAAAAAAGAUGGGGUUCCGCUAGAGCCGGGGAGGCGUCAUCUGAUAUUUGAGGACAGAGAGGGUUACUACACACUGAAGGUUCUGUACUGUAAAGUGCAGGAUACAGGACUGUAUGUGUGUGCAGCAUCAAAUGCUCUAGGAAACACCCUCAGCGCCGUUCACCUGUCCGUCAAAGGACCAGCUGUGCGGUUCAGGCGUCCAUUAAAAGACAUAGAGGUGAGGGAGAGGGAUGUUGCCGUGCUGGAGUGUGAAGUACCUGAUGAGUCGGUUCCAUCUGCCUGGUACCUGGAGGACCAGCGGCUGAUGCCCAGCAGUAAAUACGGGAUCGAGCAGAAAGGAACCAAACGAAGACUGACCAUCCAUGAUGUUGGGACAGAUGAUGAUGGAGUGUAUCUCUGUGAGAUGCCAGAUGGAGCAAAGAGCAUUGCAGAGCUAUCAGUUAAAGGUACUAUUAUUCGCAAACUUCCCCGGAAACUGGAGGUCCUGGAGGGUGAGAACGCUGUGUUCUGCGUGGAGGUGGAGAAUGACGACAUGGAGAUCCACUGGUUCAAAGACGGUUUGAAACUACAUGAGACUCACCAGACAAUCCUGAAAUCUUUUGGCAAAACUCACAUUCUGGUCUUUGUCAAUGUGACCUAUCAAGACUCAGGGGUAGUGACCUUUGUCGCAGGAAGAUCCAAGACCUCAUCACGUCUCAAGGUCAAAGCCACAAGACAUUGCCCUCCUAUCUGCCCUGUGGGUGUCAAAAUGGACGUGGAUCGACCCAACAGCGCUCUGCUCACCUGGGUUCCUGCCCCCAACAGCCAGACCUCCACCCGAUCAAUCUUUGUCGUGGAGAGACAGGAAGUGGGCUCCCAAGAGUGGCAGAAAUGUUUCACCUCAGAGAACGCCACUUCAGCUGAGGUUGGCGGCGACAGUGUGCCGUGCGAAGGCAACUACCGGUUCCGUGUCUGUUGCAUCAACAAGUAUGGGCGAAGCGGUCAUGUGGAGUUUCCCAAAGCUGUCCAUCUGGCUCCUGGGCCCAAGAUUCACAGUUGCCUCAAGGGCUGUGAGGUUGUGGAAGGAGAAGAUGCUCACUUCUCAAUCGAACUGUCUGCCACAAUGGUUGGAACCUGGUUUCUGAAUAGCGCUCAACUUCAGCAUGGCGGACGAUAUUCAAUAAAACAGUCCCAAACACAGCACUCAUUGGUUAUCCGUGAAGCUCACACUACAGAGGACACAGCAGAGGUCACAUUCAUAGCCAACGGAGUCCGGGAUUCAGCUGUGCUCAAGGUUAAACCUGCUGUGGUAAAAUUCAGUCCUCUGUCAGACUUAGACAGCAGUAAGAGGGUGGACACUGGGGACGCCAUUGUGCUCUACUGUGAAGUCUCCCACCCCUUCGCAAAAGUAUCCUGGUUCAAAGAUGGCAAGGAGCUGCAGGUGACCGAUGGCCUUAACAUCCAAUCAGAUGGGAACAUGAGGAGGAUUGUGAUUCAAUCAGCUGAUGCAUCUCACUCUGGAGUUUAUACAUGUGAAACUUCAGGAGAUGUCAUCAAAUUCAAUGUGGAUGUUGCAGGUUGUCCUGUGGAGUUCAGUCCGGUCCCAGAGGAAGAGCUCCAUAAGAGCAGCAUGGAGCUGGACCCCGUGGUGCUGCUUUGCCAUGUCUCCGCAGAUGAUGCAGAAGUCACGUGGUAUAAGGACGGUUAUGAGAUUCAGCCCAGUGACAACAUCACUCUGCAGGCAGAGGGAACCAUGAGGAGGCUGAUAAUCCGCUCUGCAGAAACCUCAGAUGCUGGCAGCUACACCUGCCAGGCAGGAAACAAUAGCAUGGAGUUCACUGUCAAUGUCAGAGAGCCUCCAGUGAUGAUUGUGGAACCUAAGGAUGAUAUUGUGAUGGAGAGCUAUAUCUCAGAGGAGAUCCGCCUGCAGUGCGAGUUGUCUCGUUCCAGUGGGAAGGUGCGGUGGUUCAAGGAUGGACAGGUGGUGGAGGAAAGCGACAAUGUCCAGCUGAUAUCUGAGGGCCCUUACAGAAGGUUGACCAUCCUCAGCAGCUCAGUGGAGGAUGGUGGAGAGUAUGUCUGUGAAACAGACGGAGACUCUGUCUUUUUCCAGCUUGCUGUCAAGGAGGCACCAGUAAGAAUAAUUUCCCCCAGUGAAUCAGAGUUGGAACUGAGCCAUUUGGCCUCCGAGAGGCUGGAGCUCAGCUGUGAGAUCUCCCAGGCGGACGCCCCUGUCCGGUGGUACAGAGACAGUCUGGAGGUAGAGGAGGGCCCUAACUUGAUCCUGGAGGUGGAUGGGGCCCAACACCGGCUGGUUAUACCCAUAACCACUGUGGACGACACAGGGGAGUAUGUAUGUGACACUGAGGAUGACUCUGUGACCUUCCUGGUGACUAUUACAGAGCCACCAGUGAAGCUUACUCGUCCCAAAAACAUGCCUGACAAACUGGAGAGUUUUGCCGGCAAACCAAUCGUACUGGAGAUCGAGGUGUCUCGGCCAAGUGCUGAAGUCAAGUGGUGGCUAAAUGGCAAAAAAAUAGAGGAGAGCAGUAAUGUCACUAUCACAGAGAACGGGCUCAUCCAUCGUCUGACCAUUCACUCUCCCAGCACAGAGGAUUCUGGGAAAUACACCUGUGACGCUGUUGAUGAUAAAAUUGAUUUCCAGGUCAAAGUUUCAGAGCCUCCAGUGAAGAUCCUAAGAAAGUCAGAGAUUAAGACAAAUCUUAAAUCCCUGAUUUCUGAUGACAUUGUGCUUGAGUGUGAGCUCUCCAGAGCCAAUGCUGUCGCCAAAUGGUACAAGGAUAACUGUCGUGUUGAGGGCGAUGAAAGGCUCUGCGAAGAGGAAGAAGGUGCUUUCCGCUCAUUGGUCAUCCUCAACGCUGAACUCAGAGACUCAGGAGAGUACUUCUUGGAUGCUGGAGAUGACAAUAUCAGCUUCCAGGUUACGGUAGAAGAGCCUCCAGUGACAAUUGUGGGCAAUUCAAAUAACCCUGACUACCAGGAGAUGGUGGCAGGAGACGACCUGAUCCUGGCCUGUGAAGUGUCCCGUGCCAAUGCCCCUGUCCAGUGGUACUGCAAUGACAGGCUGCUUACAAAUGACUCCCGUACCUACAUUGAGAGCUACGGCACUCUGAGGAAAAUUAUCAUCUCAAAUGUCCAGCCCUCAGACUCUGGGAAAUACGUGUGUGAUGCUGUAGACGACAAGAUGAUCAGCGCCGUCAGGAUUCAAGAGCUCCCAGUUAUGUUUGUGAACAAGGAGGAUGACAUUGUUGUGACUGGUUACGAAGCAGAGAGCGUGACCUUGACGAGCUAUGUGUCCAAGGAAAGUGCUCUAGUGCGUUGGCUGAAAGACUGGACGCCUGUUGAAGGUGAACGUUUCCGAGCACUCAUGGAGGGCCAUAAACGCACCCUUACCAUUGAGCCUUUGAGGCGCUCUGAUGCGGGCGAGUACACCUGCGAUGUCAACACGGACCAGAUCCACUUCAGCUUGCUGGUGAAAGAAAUGAGAAUCAAAUUUGUGAGGCCACUCCGAGACACUGUGGCCCAUGCUGACGGUAUGGUGACCCUUCGCUGUGAGGUGUGCAAGCCAAAAGCAGACGUCCAGUGGCUGAAGAAUGGCGUGGAGGUAGUUCCAAGCAGAAGGUUCUCCAUUCGGGCAGAUGGAGUUGAGCGCAGCUUGACCAUACACCGUUUAACCAGAGAGGAUGCUGGGGAGUACAUCUGCGAGUCCAGAGAUGACCGGACCGUGGCAACGCUGAGAGUAGAGAUGCCUCGAGUGGUGGAGUUCCUUACAGAGCUCCACAACACCACUGUACUUGAAGGAGAAGAUGCCACCUUCAAGUGUGUUGUUUCCCCUGAGGAUGUUCAGUUGGUAUGGCUCAUGGACAAUGAGGCUAUCAGCCUGGGUGAUCGUUUCCAGGCAAACCAAAAUGGCCUGUGCCACACCUUGGUGAUCAAGAAGUGCCAGAUGUUGGACUGUUCAAAAAUUAUAGCAGAGGCCGAGGGACAAAUAAGCAAAGCCAGCCUCAAAGUUCAGGAGGCUCAGGUCAUGUUUACUAAGAAAAUGGAGGCUGUCAUGGCAGAAGAGUUUGGCGACGCCACCUUGGAGACAGAGAUCAGCCUUGAGAUGGGAGAGGUCCAGUGGAUGAGGCAAGGUGUGGUCAUCCAGCCCAGUCCGCGACACACACUGGCCCAGAACGGCUGUAAACGCAGUCUUACCAUCUACAACCUGACUCUGUCGGACCGGGGAACCUAUCGCUGCGAGACUCUGCAUGACCGGACGCAGGUCAAGCUCAAUGUAGAACCCCGUAAAAUCUCCAUCCGUAAAGGCCUAACUGACCAAGAAACCUUUGAACGAGAGACUGCCUCCUUCGAGGUGGAGCUCUCCCACACAGAUGUGGAGGGAAUUUGGCAGAAGGACGGCAUCCGGGUGAAACCGAACAACCAGUGGCGGGUGAGCACCAAUGGGCGAGUUCACAGCCUCACCCUGUCCAACCUCACCGUGGAGGACACGGGCACGAUCGUCUUCUCAGCUGAAGGGGUGCGCACCACUGCCAGGCUCACUGUCAAAGAGACUCCAGUGUCUAUCCUGAGAAUGCUAGCUGAUGUCCGUGUGGAAGAGGAAUUUCCAGCCACUCUGGAGUGUGAAUUCUCCAGACAAAACAUUGAAGUCAGAUGGCUUAAGAACGGGAAGGAGCUGAAGCCGGGGCAGAACUGCCGGAUCUACUCCAUGGGCCGGAAGCGGUUCUGUCAGAUGAUGCAGUGCUCCCGGGCUGACUCUGGCACAUACACAUGUGACACAGGGGAAAUCAACACUUCCUGUUCACUAGAGGUUUAUGAGCAUAAGUUGGAGAUAGCGCAAGAUCUGGAGGACCUUUACAUUCAGGAGGACCAGAAUGCUGUCUUCAUGUGUGAGGUUUCUUUGGAGGAUGUUACUGGGGAGUGGUAUAAAGACGGCCACAAGAUCCGGCCCACUAGCACCAUCAAGAUCCGCACUGAAGGGACCAAACACUUCCUACUGAUGUGUAACGUCAAAGCUGAAGAUGCUGGGGAAAUCCGCUUUGUAGCCAGGGAUGUUGAAUCUACAGCUUACCUUGAGGUAGAAGAACUCCCCGUUUUCAUUGUAAAACCCCUGCGAGAUCGAACAGCCCUGGAGAAACACCGCGUGAUCCUUGAAUGCACUGUUUCCUCGCCUCGCUGCAGCGCCACCUGGUACAAGGGCAGGGAGGAGCUGGUUCCCUCAGAUCGAAUGGAGAUCCUGGCUGACGGCUGCUCCUUUAAACUUGUGAUCCAGCAGGUAGCUGUUGAGGAUGAGGGCACCUACAGCAUCGAGGUUGGGGAGCACACAUCCAAAGCCAAACUGAUGGUGGAAGCCCAAGCCCUUGUAAUGGUCAAAGAGCUGGAGGAUGAGGAGGUAACUGAGCCUGAGCCUGCAUCUUUCCAGUGUGAGGUGUCUGUCACCAUAAACAAGCCUCCCAUUUGGACUCUGAAUGGAGAGACCCUUCAGACGGGCCCCUCUGUCCGCCUGGAAAACCACGGGACGGUCCACAAACUGACCCUGAAAAAAACCAGCGUGGACAUGAGCGGGGUGGUGAAGUUUACCAUGGGCAAGGCCAAGAGCAGUGCCAGGCUCAGUGUAAUGGAAAAGUAGAGGAAGAGAGAGAAAAGCAAGUGACUCUGAGAGAAAGUAUGAAUCUGACUGCAAAAAUGGGAAUUGCUCAAAACUUUUCAACAUCCAUUUGUCAUGUUUGGAAGGCCUGCAUUUGCCUGAUCUGAGUUUAUUUCAAAUUGAGGGUAUUCAGUAAAGUUAGACAGACAAAGCAUUUUAAACUGAAUCAGAAUCAGAAAUACUUUAUUGAUCCCCAAGGGGAAACUCUUUCCUUACAGCUGCUCACUAUCACAUCACGUCAAACCUGAGGCAUGUUACUUCAGUCAAGUUAUUCCUCUUUUUUUUUUUUUUACAGUGUAGAUGAUAUUUAUUUGAAUGAUUUCUAAUUGACUUUACAUUCUUGUAUUCUGAUGAAAAUCCACCCAAUUACAUGGCGUCAAAUACAUGUCAAUGUUUUCUGACUUAGUCCAUGAAAAUGCACUGGCAUACAAUUUUGUAAUAUCAUCAUGCUAAAUAAACUGUGGUACUUUUGCAUAAUAAUUAUAAUGAGACCAUGAUUGGCUCUAGCUCUCAUAAAAUUAAUCAGCAACAGUUUUGAUAAUCAAUUAAUGGUUUCAAUCAUUUUUGAAGUAAAAACAUUCUCUUGUUGCAACUUCUCCAAAGUGAGGAUGUGCUGCUUUUCUCAAUCUUCAUCAUUGUGAACAGAAUAUCUUGGGGUUUUCGACCUUUGACAGGACAAAACAAGAUAUAUGAAGAAGUCUCCUUGGAUUUUGGGAAAUUAUAAUGGGAAUGUUUCACUAUUUUCGGACAUUUUAUGGAUAAACUUUUAUUCAAUUAAUCAAGAAGAUAAUUGCCAGAUUAUUCGAUAAUGAAAAUACUGUUAGUUGCAGCCCUAAUAUUUACACUCUUGUUGAAAUCAAAACUUUUCCAUAACCUCAUUGCCUACUGAUGGUGCAAUUAUUACAAUGCUGUUGGUUAUAGAGCUGCUGGAGAACAGCACCCUCUUCUUUUGUGCCUUAAAAAAGUACAGCAAAUUUAAAAUCAGAUCCUACUCUGGGGAUUAAAUAUGCAGUGUCUCUUGAUGGUCUGGUUUGUUUAUGGUAUGUUAAUGUAAUCAUAAAUAAGUGAUUUUAAUACAUCUGUAGAUAGCAGUACAAACUCUAAUCAAAUCCAGGAGUGUUCAGUGUGAGAAAUUAUCCAUGUUAUAAUAAAAGUAUCAGUAUUAGUGUAAAAAUGGUUGGUUAAAAAUAAACCGUUUAUACUAUAUAACGUUACCUGCCCAGCAGCACCAAACAGCAGAUACAGUUAGCGACUAGCUAGCUCGCCCCAGUUUGUGCUUCUCCUGUUACCAUAAUACACGCGACCAGUUAACUUGUGACUAUAAUUUCGCAUCUUUAAGUGACAGAUAUUUGAGCUAAAUAACUGGACUUACAUUCAUCAGGUGGCCAACAACACGACUCCAAAUUAAUGCUAAUGUUGCUCUGUGUCUGCUGGUUGUGUAGCUAGGCAACUGUUGGCUAACAGGUUAGCCAACAGCUAAUCCAUUACCAUCUAUUGUAACAACACAGGUGUUUGCACCACAUGACAAAUCCCAAUUCCCUGAUUGAGUCCGAGGUUUUGCCAAACUUGCACAGAUGUUCCUUCUUUGUUCAUAUUUUUGGGAAAUAAGAAAUGCUCAACAAAACAGCACUUGGUCCAUCUUUCAUUUAGCAUUUAUGGAGGGGGGGGAAAUGGCAUUAUUACAUAGAGUCCAUAUAUAAUUUGGUAUGAUAAAACAAAAGGUCAAAACACUAGGUUACAUCUAUUCAAUCAUAGUACAGUAACAUGAAUAUUCCAUAUAUUAACGAAAAUUUGUUUGCUUUAUUACUGUGCAAAACAAAAUAUACAUAUCUACUGAAUGUGUAAGAAGUACAGUAUCAGUGAAUGGGCCCUGUAGUGACACAACACUUGUAUGUAAUCAAAUGACUGACAAAAUUACUUAACAUUCCUAUAAAUACUCCUGUUCGCCAAUGAAUUUUCAAAAAAAAACAACAGUUAUCAGCAUUUAACCUAAUUGAGACGUGAUGAUGGCUUACAUGAAACACAUCAAAAUAAUUACCCUGUUAUGUGCCUACAACAGUAAGAUACUAUCCUUUUAGUCAUUUGCUGGUGUUUCUGAUCCAUAUAUUACCUAUCAAUACAUGAGGUAACAACCAGGUCUUGCAUGAAAACUGCAAAAACAAACCACAAACAUUGUAUCAGAGGAGCACUCCUGGGCAAAACAUAAAGGAAAAAAAUCUGUAAUUAUUUAGAAAAGAAAAAAGGCUAAUUUGAUUGACAAUAAUUUGUUAAACAUCGAAAAAUAAGGUAAUAGCUCUUAAUAUGGUGGAUUUAAUUGUCAUCCCUGCCCCAUCUAGGUAAAGUCACAUCACAAGCCUGCUAUGGAGGCUCUUAGUCAAAUCCGCAGUUUCAUUCAUAAGUGUCAACACACAGUAUUGUCAACGCAUAUGAGGGAGAUACCAAGUCUGAAAGGCCUGCAAGAGGCCACGCUGCUCCUUAAAACUGACAGGACCAAAGAGGUUUGAGUCGCUCGCGAAACUGAGCAUCCCCAUGUAGAGCUAAAAAAGCAAUACAGAUACAAUGUGGUCAAUGAGAUUUUUAAAAAGGACUGUUCUACCCUCACAUCACCUCACACUGCUACACGUCAUUUUCACUUUAAAAGAAUAAUGCGUAUUUUCUGCUACUGUGACUAUCUCUGCCUCUUCUGUGGUUUAUUUCUCAAAGAAAACACAGAACCUGACAUUUACUGUUCAGGGUUUAGACCUAUUAAACUCCAUCGUAGCUGCACUCGAAUGAUCCCAACAUGACGUCAUGUCAAUCCAACAGAAUAAGACUAUCCAGCCAAAUUACAGAAAGGACCCAGAGGUGCAAGAUAAAUCACCAAUAGCUGUUUAUUAACAGUGUUGAAGUGUUUCAGGGUGGAUUUCUCCUUUAAAUAUGGACUGAAUUAAACCACUUUUUCUCUUCAAAAGGUGUGCCUGCUCACCAGGCACAGCACCGCACAUAUCCUUGAGUCCUCAUGGCAGCUCCCCCGCUCAACACACAUUUUAUUACAAAUUCCUGAAAUUGUUUCCAGCCUCUGUGUACCGCUUAGGGGAAAAAAGAAAAAAAAAAGUUGCACUUCGACGCUUAUGAGAACCAAACAAGCCAAACUUUUUUUUUGCAUCAAACAGCUUUCGUUGUUCCAUUCAAAUACAGUCUGUAAAUGUGAGAAAUUCAAGUUUUGUGUGGCUUUAAAACAAGGAGCUGAAUUGAUUACCGAUUUCCAAGCGGUUUUACAAGUCUAUCCUGGUCCUCUUGUCUCUGGAGUCAACUGUUCAUGGCAUCUAUUGACACACAGGUGCAGAUACAUUGCAUUUUGGCUGUCCAUCAAUCUUUAAACCACUCUUGGAAAUCCACGUCCGAUAAACAUAGCAGCUGCUCUUUGACCGUCAUGUGCAGAUGAUUUGAUAUUCAUGUUAGUGUCAGGUUUUUAGGAAAAAUACUGCAGUCAUCAUUCGUUUCAGUGUCGACACUUUGCUAUCAAAACUUGGCUUGUUAAAUAGGGCUCAGUGUUUUGGGUUUAUACCAAUUUUCACU